GCCCUCAAAGCCGAAAGGAAAAAUUUGGGAUCGUUCGCCACGAUACAAUAUGCCUUCCAUGGCCCAUCGUCAGCAAGCCCGCCUCAGUCGUCUGAGCAUCUCACCCAAGUCAUGGUCUGAUACCAGUGACAGUGAGCCCGAGGAUCUCAUAACCCCUUGCUCGGAAAAGCACGUUAUUGAGACCACGUCGGCUGUCCACUUCGAUCAUGUCCCCCAGCCGGACACACUCGACGCCGCAGCGGAACCCGCGCAGACGUCACUACACAUUCGCCGACCGUCGAUGCUUCAUGCCCGUCGCUGUUCUUCCGACGAAUCCAUCGACAUACGAGGGCUGUGGGAGGCCAUGCUGGAACUUCAGCAGCGCUAUCACUGCUACAAGUCCACACGCAUGCUCAUUGCUGCCGAGUCGGACGGUGCUGUUGAUAUGAUCCCUUCUCGAGCAUGCAUAGAUCACCUCAACGACUGUAUCGAAACCCUGCCCGACGAGGGUUGGCAGGUUCUGGAGCGCUAUCUUGCUCGAGGCGAGGACAGCCAGAAAGGGCUCAAGUGGAAGUUUUGGAAGCACUAAUUUGCCACGGCUGAUUUUGUCCUGCGGGUUUUCAGAUGCUAUUUUGCAUGAGGAGCGGGUGUUCGGCGUCAAAUUUGUUUAACCCUACAGAUCGAUACCCUUGACAUUGUUUUUACAUCGUAUCUCAGACAUAGCGCCAUGGUACGGUCAUCAUAGGGAUGCAUCAAAAAUUCCAUCCCCUUUUUAUGCG